AGUUUUACAUUUACAGUGGUCAGAGAUGUCCCAGCAGUCUCAAAGCCAUCUGUCUCACCAGCGAAAGGUUCUGCUCGGUUCUCAACCAAGUCUGAGAAGGUUGAGGUAUCACUGGGUGAACCAGCGCUGGACGUCGAGUUUGGAAACGAACAUUUGGAAAAGUGUACGCUGGCAGUUGAAGGAAUGACGUGUGCGUCGUGUGUACAGUAUAUUGAAAGAAAUAUUGGAAAACUUAGAGGUGUACAGUCUGUGGUAGUAGCAUUGAUAGCCGGCAAGGCCGAAAUCAACUAUAAUCCGUCGUUGACCAGUGUGGAAAAACUGAUCGCCGAGAUGACGGCGCUAGGCUAUCGCGCCAGUCUGAUCGACUCACCGUUUUCGGCUUUCAACAAGAUCCAUUUGACGAUUGGUGGUUUGAACAGCGAAGCAGACGUGAAUCGCAUUGAAUCGCACGUGAUCUCGAAAACGGGCGUGGAAGGCUGUAACGUUUCUCUUGCUACGUCUCUAGCCACAGUCGAGUUCUCCCCCUCAGUCAUCGGUCCGAGGGAUCUGAUUUCUCUAAUUGAGUCUCUUGGCUACACGGCAGAGCUCGCAAGUAAAGAUGAUCAGAUGAAGCGCCUGGAUCAUUCUGCAGAAGUGCGAAAGUGUGACGGAUUUCUUAUUAAUUAG